CGUACGAAAGAAGCGUGCAGUCGUCGUCGUCAUCCUCGUCCUCCUCGUCGUCGUCGUCGUCGCCGCCGCUGCCGGUCCAGAGAGCGAGCGCAGCCAAGUGCAUAUUAGACGAGGCGGUCGCGAGCGCCGCGCAUUCGCCGGCGAGCGCUCGAUGAGAGUGGUAAGCGGUCGCUUAUUUUACUCUCUCUCUCUCUCCCUCUCUCUUUCUCUGUCUUUCGCGCGCGACCCGAGUGCAAGUUGAGUACACACGCUCCGCGCGGUACGAAAUUCACCGUGAAAACGUCAACGUCUCCUGUGAUUUCUCUGAAAAUAAUACCUUACCUGUGUGUGUAUAUGGGAUUUCGCAAUUCUACUUAUCUUCCAUCUGUGUGCUCGUCGUCGAGCUGUAGAGUGCGAACUUCGAUCGACAAGUUGUGAAGGUGUCGAGUGUCGGGACAUCGAGAUGUGAUCCUGAAAUUGUAAUCGUGAAGUAGUGCUCGAGAGAGAGAGAGAGAGAGCGUUUUGGAGAGUACUCGGAUUUCAGUGCUUCAAAUUUUCAAACAUUUACUUCACGUGCUAUGGCAACUGAAUUACGAUCGACGAGUUGUAACAGAUUUUUGUUUAUCAAACUACGACUGUCAGAUUUCAAUCAUAAUUGUGCAAGUGUCGAUAAUCGUUGAUACAUCAGCGUAGCGUCGGGACGAGCAGCGGGCACGUUCGAAAGCGUUUUCUUGCGCUUUCGAGGUGCGAACGAGGGGGAUCCAGCUCUGUAAUUCCGAGUUCGCGAGCGCGUGCCGUCAGGUUCGAUGUACGGAAUAAGCGGAGCAGUGGAAUAAGGAAACGAUGGAAUUUACGAAGAAAAAAUCGAAGAGAGAAGAAGUGCACGCUUUAAAUCCUCUUGUAAUGAACUUGCGACUGACGCUCGAUUAAUGUUUAAAGCAGUGAAAUAUAUCGUCACUCGCUCAGAGAAACUUGACAGUUGCAAAUCAGUCUGAAAUCCUCGGCUUCCACUUGUAAAAAUAAAUACCUCGAGUAGCGGUGUUAGUCUUUCGGAAAUACUGCGCGAAAGAGCUCAAGUAUAAUCGACCAGUUAAUGUUAUCGUUAAAUAGUCGGAAAACAGAGCCGAGCACAAAGAUUUUCUGUAACUAAAGUUCGCCGAGAGUCUCGUUCGUAGAAGGAAAAAGAAGGAGAGAGAAAUGAACUGCGUCACGCUCGUCAUCUUCAAAAUACCAGGGAAUCGUGAUAAGAUAGCGACGGUCGUUCGUCGUUAAUAAACAGUCGUCGAGACUCGAGGAGACAGGUUGCGAUCUCUAGACGAGGGACCACGUGUGGUGGGCGAUUGCGACAAUUGGCUGCCGUUUCUGUCUCGAUCAAACUCGAAUCGAAGCCGCGAGCUCUCGACUUGAAUCACGGAGUGUUUCGCAAGAAUCAACGUCGCACACGACCGGAAAAGGGAUUGUGUUACUCAAUGAGCGUUUUAUAGCGUCAUUAAGGAUCACGUGCGAGGAAGAAUCGCGCUCGAACGUGCCAGGCGGAUUCGCGUAAUCGCAGUUACGUUCGUUCACCAAUUAGAAAACGACGCGAGAGCUAUUGGCUGUCUAUUCAUCAACCGCCACGAUUUCUUCCUAGUCGGGGAUUAACGGGGAAGGUUCCAAUUACCGUUGCCAUUAAUAGUUCCGUAUCUAACCGUCGACGACUUCUUCGAAUGAUUAAUUGAUAACUGCAAUUAAAUACCUAGUCGAAGUGAAGAACGAGAGUAGCCUUAAACAUCUUUACUUAUCGAGCAAAGACUGAUAUCUUCUCCACUUAUAUUUUUUAUAACUUCUUUUGUUUAUCGCCCACAUCGUUAACAGAAGAUUCCAAGUUGACGCCGCGUUCAAGACAUUUUAAAUAAUUUCAUCUUUGUGGAAUUAAUCAACGUCCGAGUCGAUAAUUGAUCGAUGCGACAAUUAAAUAUCGAAAUAAGAAAAGGUCAUAUAUCGGUCGUUUUAUUAAGGAUGGAAUUUAAUGGAGCGUUCCGGAAAAUAAUUAGCGAUUGAUGAUUCCCGUAACUAUCGUAAUCGUCGCGGAAUCGAACAGUGAUGACUCAAGCUGAUGAUUGACCAAUCGAUAUAAUAAUUAAUUCCGCAGCAAGUGUCGUCGAAAUAGUCGCGAGUGCGAUUGAAUAAGUGUCCUGACGAGGACCUGAAUGUGAGUGCAGCGGAGGAUAAAGUGCAAAGUGAUGUAAUUGGUGCAUCCGUCGCGGAGGCCAUGUGUGAUGCCAGUCCGAAUGACACUUAAUCCACGCAGCUGAUGACAAACGUAAACAGGAUCAAGGUGGUCGUCCUCGGCGGCCCCAGAGUCGGCAAGUCAGCCGUGGUUGUGCGGUACUUGACGAGGCGAUACAUCGGCGAGUACAGCUCGACCAGUGAUUUCCUCUACCGACACAGUGUUACUAUCGACAAUGUUACGACGGAAGUCGAAAUACUUGAUACUUCCAGGUGCGAGGAGAACGGCUGUUUGUACUCGCACAUACGAUGGGGCGAGGCCUUCGUUGUUGUCUACAGCGUGACAUGUAAACGCAGCUUUCAGGAAGCUCGCGGACUCCUCAAGCAACUCGCGGAUCUACGCCUGCCAUCCUACUUCACUGCCCUCCUCCUCGGCAACAAGAGAGAUCUGGACCAUGCUCGAGAAGUAUGCGUGGACGAAGGCCAACAGUUGUCCUUGGCUCAUGGAUGUCAGUUUUACGAAGUAAGCGCCGCUGAGAGUCCCGCGGGGGCGGCAUUGGCCUUUCAAGCGCUCCUGCGGGAAGCGAGAUCGGUCCAGCUCCUGCGAGCGUUGCCGAUUCGCCGGAAACUGGGAGUACACUCGGUCUCGAGGGUCCUCGGGACGAUCUUUGGCAAGAACACCACCAAGGACCGUAAGAAGAGGCCAUCGUUGAGCAUAUGACGCCUUCUAUGCGCCCUCCUCCUCGGAGGACGAGACGAGCCGGGCAGAAGGACCGACAUCGUCGUCCUCAGCAGCAACGUCUACUCCAAUCGCUGACGAGGUCCUCGGUAACAACGAAGAAUCUCCCUUCGUGCUUUUCUGAAUUCUGAAGGAAAGCCACCGAGAUCAGAAAAUCAAUUUUAAAAGCUUUUUUUGACAAGAGAGUGAUUUUUUACGAAGCGUUUUGAUGAAAAAAUGCAUUCACUAGUGCAAUCAAAGUCCCGAGGUCCUCAAGCAUUCGGGGUUUAAAGCUCCGAGGAUGUAAGACUGAUUUUCUGGCGCGGGAUCGACGCGUAGGAUCCAAUAUACGAGAUGCCUUGGAAGUCUGAAGCGUGUGAAUUUAAUAGAAAUAUCUAAGGCUCUUCGACAUAUGACAGCCGGAAGAUCUAGGCUCCGAGAAGAUUCUAUUUACUGGAGGGCGACAUCAUUCUUUAGAAUGAAGAGGACGUUCGCGUGAUGCUCACGAGUGUGAUUCUGCUUUUCGUGGUGUUUACGGAUUCUCGCGAGAGAGAAGCGAAUCAACGCGGGACUGAGAAAUUGUUCGUGCUUGAUAUGUGCAUAAAGGUACUUUUUUUUUUUUUAAAUAAUGCUAUAGCGUUUUGCAGUGAUUACAAGUGACUGGCAAGUUGUUCCUGAACGGCGUAAUUCUUAAGAUGAUUUACUGAAGAUGAUUUUUCGGUUACAAAUUGUCUCCAAAAUCUUUGCCGGGAGUGCAAAUUUUAUAAUUGGGGAUAAUACUUGCACAUCACUCGGUAUCUAAGUUAUUACGUUAUUGACUCUAAACAGUAUAAAACAGAACUUUCGUGCAUUUAUUUCUUUUUGUUAUAAAUAUUUAUAAGUCUUCUAAACUUUUUAAAAAAUGUCUGAGAAUUGUUUUGAUUGGCAAUUUUUGCAAUUGAUUAUUUUGCCAUUAAUCACAAUUUUAAAAUUAAUUUGUUGUUUCUUUCUUUCUCUCAUUCGUUUGCAC